ACGAGGUUCUUAGACGGCGUAGCCAGAGAAAAGAUUGAGGAACUUGCAGGUGAUAAACGUGAAGAUUAUUCCUCGGUAGCCGCGCAUCUGUUACGACCCGAUACUCGCUAUUAUGUAAAGCUUGAUAAUCCGGCAACAUUUGAGCAAGCUGUCGCGAAAGCCCAAAUGGUCGAGCAACUGCUAGCUGAGGCCACACCGUCUCACCAAGCCCUCGCUACCAACCCAAGCUAUAGAGGUAAAAGCGGCAGCACCUGCGAAACAAAACUUCAGCGUCAGAAUUAUAGAGGGCGCAGAAACCCAUUCAACCGCGGGCAGGUAAACUUCAGUCAACAAUCAAGAGGGCGACUGCCCACGCGUCUAGUGAGGGCAGAACCGACGACUGGCUGUUUCAAUUGUGAAGGUGAUGACCAUUUUUCUCGCCAAUGCCCAUCACCUCGGGUCACUCGCCGAACGGCAGGCAAGUCUUCUUUGCGCAGCUCAUCGAGCAAUCGUAAUUAUUCCCGAAUUUUACCCCGUGAUGGUAUUCCGCCUUCUCGCUACGAUAGGGAUAGAGAGCUUUCGCAAGCUCUCUCGAUAGGGAUAGAGAGCUUUCGCAGGCUCUCUCAGAUCAGAGCCCUCUCUAUUUCUUUGCAAGAAAAUCAAUCCGCACUGGAAAGAUCUGACGCCAGGGUCAAGGAGUUAGUAAAGCGUAAUGAGGAAUUAGCGAAUUUUACUUUCGAGCAAUCUUCCUACAUUUCGAUGCCUCAAGUUGAGCUGCUUUUCGCGGUCUCUAUGCUUUUAUAUUUCGCAUCAAGCGGAGCGCUCUUGACGACGGCAUGGUUAUGCCCGCGUGACCCAGCUGAAGCACUUGCGCGCAUCCCAACAUUGUGUAAUUGUUCAUGGAUCAUUCCCCCGGUUGAAGAAACGAAGAAGGCGCUGUCGGUUCAUAUUUAUCGCCCUAAUACACGGCACUAUGACACUGCGGCCCAUCUGUACAAAGUUGUCACUCAGUCCGUUACUCUACUGUCCCUCGAGUCUUGCAAGCUGAUGAUCCAGCAUCAUAAGUGUGAGUGCGGUAGCAUGACUUGGUCAAACGACUUUUGGGCAACCUCAAAUUCAAUUAUAAUUUAA